UUGGAAAACGAAAGUAAUACCAAGUCACAGAUUCACUGAAUUCGUUUUGAAAACGAUUCUUCAAACUGUUUAUCAUGAUUUCAUUUGAGAGGCUUCAAAACUGGAAAGAGUGGCGGUUAUAAUGUACAGCUAGCAAGAAUUCUAGUUUUAUUAGGACCAGUAGUUUAAGUGUGAAUUUUUAACUGUCGACAAUGGCGACGAAAUGUGGUUUCUGUGGAGAAAAUGCUGUCGUUUCAGAGGAUGGAUCGUCUGGGUCUAUGCGAGUUUGUCAAGAAUGUGGGUCUAUUGCCCAGCAAAACUUCAUUGUGGAAGAUACACCAUUCACAAGACAGUGCGACAACACAUCUUCUCAUGACUUUAAACAAAGUUUGUCUAGAAACACCCGAAAUGCUCUCUCAGUAACAACACCUCAAGGACUUAAAUCGGGCAAAAAUCGAAUCAGGAUAAUUGGACAGACUUUCAAGGUCGGCACCCCUGUGAUUGAUGAAGCAUUAAAUUUGUACGAAAAAUUGUUUAAACACCAAGAUGUUGUGAACAAGACCAUAACUAACAAAUUGCUUUUAGCAGCAGCAUGCAUGUACAUUAUGAUGCGCCAGAAUAAUAUUCCAGUGUCACUCAGAUGGUUUUGCAAGGUUUCAGACAUAUCUGUGAAUGAAUUCUCAAGUAAUUUUCUCCUUGUUCUAAAAGCCAUGGAAAUUCAUCUUGUGCACCCAAGCAUAGGAUCUAGAAUUGUCGAUGUGUUGGCACCUGCAAAGUUAAGUUCAAAGAUUGUCAAUUUAACACGUGAAGUUAUACAGCUAUGUGAAAAAGUUUGGAUUGUGAGUGGCCGCUCACAUUCACCAAUUAUUGUCGCUGCUUCUCACAUUGCUUGGUAUUCUCUAAGUGAACAUUUUGGAAGGAAAUCAUCACUUCGUGAUUAUUGUAGGGACUAUGGAUUCUCUUUUUCAGGUUCCAUUGCAGAUCGAAGCAAAGAAAUUCAUGAUACCAUCUUUGAACUUGGAAAAACUUUACCUUGGGUCACGGGACAUUACAAGGAUAAGAAAAUAUUCAUUCGGAAAUAUCUUCCCGAGAUAAUUAAAUACAGGGAAAGUUUACUCCAUAAGCAUAAGAUAGAGGUGAAAGAAAAGAGUGUGGAAAUGAUAAAUGUGAAGUCUGAAAUAAAUCCAUUAGAAGUAGUUGAAGGAAAGGUGGAGGAAAAAUCCAAGGAAUCAAACAUUGAAAAUGGAGCAAAAAAUAAUCACACAUCUUCAACUUCUUCUCUAAAAACAAGCAGUUGUGAUUUUGAACUAAAAAAUGUAGAAAAUCUAGGAAGUGAAAGAAAUCUACUAUCUCCAUUGCAAAAAGAUGGAGAAAAUGUUUCAACAGAAUGGGAUGAUAAAUGUACCAAAAAUUCAAGCAAUAUUGCUGCAGUUCAUGAAGUGGUUUAUGAAAGUGAUUCAAUUCUGCGAAAAAAUUUAUUCAUUCCUCCAAUUUUGAAAAAGCCACGGAAGAGAAAAUACUACGAAGCAAAGGAAGAUUGUGAGGGACUUGAUUCAGAUGACGAACUAACAGAAUUACAGGAAAAAGAUGUGGAUAAAUAUAUUAGAUCAGCUGAUGAAAUAAACAUGAUAAGACAGGUGAAGCAAUUUAAACCUGUUCAGGAGGAAACUAAAGCUGAACUGAGUCCAACCGAGAAAUAGAUUUUUCUGUUGGUAAUCAUGUUUGGUAUAUAAUUUUUAACAAAAAUGUACACCUCAACUUCUUUUAAAGUGCUUAUCCCUAUUACAAUGUAUAAAAGGCGAGCUCUUCUUUCUGUAGCUAUGACUUCAUACAUUUAAACAUAUCAUUUUUGCAGUUAUAAUAAGGGCACUUUUACAAGUUAUCUUUAUUUAUGUCAGAAAUCCCAUGUACAUGGUGAAUGUUAUUUUUGUUAAGCAUUAAUUGUAUGAGGUUCUGCAA